CGGCGGCGGGCGGGCAGCUGGCGCGAGGCAAAGGGAAAAUACUGUAUCAUGUCGGAGUUCUGGCUAAUUUCUGCCCCUGGAGAUAAAACAAACCUGCAGGCAUGGGAGAGAAUUAACACAGUGACGUCUAAAUCCAACCUGUCCAGCAACAGCAAAUUCCAUAUUCCAGAUUUAAAGGUGGGGACACUGGAUGCUCUUGUUGGUCUGUCAGAUGAGUUGGGAAAACUUGAUAGCUUUGCUGAAAGCGUAAUAAAGAAAAUAGCCCAGUACAUAGGAGAAGUUAUGGAAGACUCAAAAGAUAAAGUCCAGGAAAAUCUUCUGGCCAAUGGAGUUGACCUAAUUAGCUACCUGACACGGUUUGAGUGGGACAUGGCCAAAUAUCCCAUAAAGCAGCCGCUGAAGAAUGUAUCAGAAGCAUUAGCAAAGCAAGUGACUCAAAUAGAAGCAGACCUAAAGACCCGAUCAGCUGCAUACAACAACAUUAAAGGAAAUUUGCAAAGCCUGGAGAAAAAGACUGUGGGAAAUCUGCUGACUCGGACCCUAGCAGACAUUGUGCAUAAAGAAGACUUUGUUCUGGAUUCUGAGUAUCUUAUCACACUGCUUGUCGUGGUGCCAAAGUCAAGCUAUGUACAGUGGCAGAAGACCUAUGAAUCCCUCUCUGAUAUGGUAGUGCCUCGCUCCACUAAAAUGAUUGCUGAGGAUGCAGAGGGAGGACUCUUCACUGUGACCCUAUUUAGAAAAGUGAUGGAUGACUUCAAGGCUAAAGCCAGGGAGAACAGGUUCAUGGUUCGAGAAUUUUAUUUUGAUGAGAAGGAACUGAAAUGUGAAAAGGAAGAGCUGAUGAAAUUAGCUUCUGAUAAGAAACAACAAUAUGGUCCAUUACUGCGCUGGCUGAAAGUGAACUUCAGUGAAGCAUUUGUGGCUUGGAUUCACGUGAAAGCCUUGAGAGUUUUUGUUGAAUCUGUCCUGAGGUAUGGCCUUCCAGUGAAUUUCCAAGCAAUGCUGUUGCAGCCUAACAGGAAAUCCGUUAAACGCCUGAGAGAUGUCCUAAACGUGGUUUUCAAACACCUGGAUGAAGUUGCAGCAGCAAGUAUAAUGGAUCCUGGCAUGGACAUCCCUGGUUUACAACUGAGUAAUCAAGAAUACUAUCCUUACGUCUAUUUCAAGAUUGACCUCAGUCUUCUUGACUGCAGUUAAAAAAAAAAAAAAAAAAAAAGCUCAGGCUUCAGUUAUUAAUUUUCAAGAUCCUAAUGUUACAGUAAAACAAUCUUUAGCUGCUGAAAGUAAAAUUAAAAUACAGAUGCUGUAGCAGGAUAAUUGCCCAAGAUCUUCCUACCGCUUCCAGUAAUUUUUACAGCGACUUCAUAGUUUUACAAAAACAUAUUUCAGAGGCAGGAGGCACUAUGGUAGUAUUUAUUUUUUUUUGCUAUGUUACAAAGAUGGAAUAGCUAUUGGACUUGAAAUAAAACAAUUUAAAAAGUG